GUUUAGUAUUUUCAUAGCAGUGAAAUUGAAUUGGUGUAAUUAAGAGUUAAAUUCUCCGCUUAGUUUCGGCAAACUACGACACUCGGUGUUUCUUUUUGUAUUUUAAUAAGCAUAAGUGGCUAAUUAAAGAAAUAUUAUUUAUGUUUUCGUGUACAGAAUUAUGUGAUUGUAUAAUUGAAUGUACCUGAAUUGUUUAACGAAACAGUGAUUUAAAUCGGCAAUAGUUUACUAAGUCAAAAAGUGAUAAAGGAACGUAUUAGACAUUGAGCUCGAGCUAGUGUUUUUUUAUCGGACACAAUUAAGCAAUUUAGAAAGUGAUUGAAUCUGAAAGUAUAUAAAAGCAGUAAAACAAAUAUCUUUUAACGAAAAAUUGUAGCAGCAGAAAAAUGUUUGCAUAUGUGAGGUGCUGAUCGGUAUAUCGACUUUUCUUGAAACUUUUAUUAUAGUAUUAUAUACCUAUCACAAUAACAAAGAUAACACUACAACAAUAAUAGCUACAAAUAUACUUACAUCGACAUUUAAUUCGCACUAAACGAACUGGAACAACGUACCUACCUACACGAGUCUAUGGGGGACUUGCGUUGUUCACUGGAGACGGCCAAAUUAAUGUCCAAGACACCAAAAUCCUAUCAAGCUUUCGGUAUGUCGAGUCGCGCUUAACUAAUCAGUCACACGCCAGCAGCCGCCAAGAUGACGCAGACCAGCAUGGAUUUUACGCAGACUAUCGCGGCAAGCAAAAAGGAGAAAGAAGCUGAAGCAGCACCACCACCACAAGCCCCGAUUACACUUGACGGCAGCCAGCAUUGUGAUAUAUUAUUAAACACCUUUCAAAUUAAGAAGAAAAGCUAUCGCGUCUUGCUCAAUUAUGACCACAUCGUUUGGGAGCGACUGAAAACGAAACUCAGCACCGACAGCGAUGCCAAGGGUGAUUUCAAAAAAGCCGAGUGCGGAACGGAGCAGCUGUCGCGUCGCGCAACCUAUGGCAGCAACUCGAGGGUACUGCACAUAAACGAACUAAUCAGAGUGAGUAAAGGCAAUACAAAAUCGGCGGCUUUGCUGAUUACCGCGCCACAACCAAAUGCUGAAUUCGGUGCGAAUGGCAUGUCUGGACAACAACAGCAACAACAAGUCAUCAGUUCGCCACCUACAGAACAAUACUUGGCGCUAUCGUAUGCCACACGCAUUGUCAAAUCGGCUACGGAUUGUAAUCGCUGGGAAGUGCGCAAACUGUUGUUGUAUAACGAAGACGCGUACGUCGUCCGCCAAUGGCACACAUUGCUCAACAAAAUGCUGGCGAAUACGGCGCCGACACGGCUGCGGGUACGUCGCUUACUGGUCUUCAUCAAUCCCUAUGGCGGACGUAAGACUGGUGUGGACGUCUAUGAGCGCUACUGCAAGCCAAUCUUUCAACUGGCUGGUAUCGAUGCGUCAUGCAUUUUAACUCAGCGCUCAAAUCAAAUUCGUGAUAUCCUGCUCAGCGACGAUUUGACUCCGUUCGACGCGAUUUGCUGUGUUGGUGGCGAUGGCACAGUAGCGGAGGUAAUAAAUGGUCUUCUUUUUCGUGCUAUAUAUGAUGCUGGCUUGAAUCCACGCCAACCGGCGUAUGUGCCCAAACCAGCUCUGCCGAUCGCUAUUAUACCAGCAGGUAGCACCGACACCAUCGCUUACAGUGUGCACGGUACUGCCGAUGUGCCCACCGCAGCCAUACAUUUGAUUUUGGGUCAACGUCGCGGCAUGGAUAUUUGCAGCGUGCGCAACCGUGAAGGCAUCUUACGUUUUUGUGCUAGUCUAUUAUCGUACGGUUACUUGGGUGAUGUGGCGGCGAAGAGCGAACGUUAUCGUUGGAUGGGUCCGAAGCGUUAUGAGUUUGCCGGUGUUAAAACGUUCAUUGCCAAUAAUGGUUAUGAAGCGGAAUUACGCGUGUUGCAGCCAUUGAGUAAGACAAGUGCGGAAGCGAGAAAUGACACAAUUUGUUGUGCGAAUUGUGACCGUUGCAAUAUGGUCGCUGCUGAAGAAGCUGAGCUGACAACGAAGCGCGCGUUGUUGGAGAAAGCGAUAUUGGUGGGCGUAGAUACUUCAGCGCUCGACAAUGAUGAACUGCCCUCUUCUUCUAAUGACUCGUUGAAGAGUUGUGGCGAUAACAGUGAUGUAAUCGGCAGUGCGAAAGGUAAGAAAGAGGGUUUGGCAAUUGGCUUUGCUGGUACAGAAUCACCAAGAAAUGAGCUGUUCUUAAGCAGCAAGAAAACAAUAGAUUUUGACGAAAUAAAGAAUGUCAGCUCAACGGAAUGUUAUAAAGGAUCCGAAGCUGUGGUGACUGUGACUAAUGAUAAUGAAGAAAAGGAUGCAACUGAUGUUGUUGCUGCGGUAAAUACUGAUAACUCCGAGAGUACGACAGACGUAAGAAGGCAAUGUGCACAGUGGAAAACAAUAAAGGGCAAAUUUUUCAUGGUAAGUGGCGCGAAUAUUACCUGUGCUUGUACGCGUAGCCCAAACGGUGUAGCGCCAUACAGUCAUAUUGGCGAUGGCUAUCUAGACUUAGUUCUGGUGCGAAAAACAUCGCUGCUCAAUAGCAUACGGUUGCUGAUAAAUAUGGCUGGUCGCAAUGGAGAUAUUAGAAAUUUACCUUUUGUGGAGACGUAUCGCACCAAAGAGUUCGGCUUUCGCUCUCCCAAUGCCAGUCUUGAAGAGGAGUAUAGCAUUAGAGGUUCCAGCCAACCAAUUGCAGAAAGUGAUUUUAAUUAUGACGAAACGGAUGAAUUAUCCAGCUGGAAUUGUGAUGGCGAGGUUAUCACUGAUCAAGAGCUAACAAUGAUCUCGCAUUGCCAACUCAUUGAUGUCUUCAUGCGUGGCCCACACACAUACAACAAACCAUCGAAAAGUAACAAAACGUCGUUUGUCUGCUGUUGCUGUGGCUGCUGCAAAAAUGAUGAUUAACAUCGACACACCCCGUCGGAGGUACUUUGAUUUAUGGUCAACAGAGUAACAUUUCCAAAGGUAUUGGGGACAGCAAUCGUAUGCUACCUUAUAUUGGCAACCUUGACCUGUCUGCGCAAACGUGUCCUCCUUUCAUAGAAAACUAAGAGAUGAACGAGAGUGUAAUAAGAAUUUUAAUAGGGAAACCAGAAGCUUUAUGUAUGCAGUGGAAUUGGUCCUGGAUCAAUUAUUAUAAAUAAGACUGUAUAUAUGCAUGUGCAGGAUGUAAUAUUCCAAUCGAAGAGUGUGUCUUAAAAAGUAGAAAAUCAAAAA